AUGGCCUUGACAACAGAGCAGGCGCAAACAAGAUUUCUAGCCAUCGUCCUCCCUGGCCUUACCCUCUGCACACAUAUACUCCUCGCGCUCUCCUUCGCAUUACCGGGCGCCGCGCCAGAUCACGCUUUCUCCUCGUUCCUCUACAAUGUUUUCGCAGCAGGCGCAAGCAUCCUGGGUGUGGUGGGCGCAGUAAAGUUGAUUCCCAGCCUCGUGUCAGCUUACAUGGUCAUGCAUACGAUCACGCUGUCUUUCGUAAACAUCGCCCUCGUGAACAUGAUCCUGCCCUUCGACUUCCGCUUCUUAAACCCGGUACUUCCGAGCUGGCAAAUCGACGAGUCUGCCAUCUGCCGCGAUAUUGAUGCUGGAUUUGGGUGGGACGAGGAGUGGCUUGUCAAGUGCUCGAAGAGUUUUGGCGUCGUGAAGCUGUCUGUGGCCUGUGUCGGUCUGAUCUUGAUGGUCGCUCAGUGGUGGGCUUUGAUGACAGUGCGGAAAUGGGGCAAGGAGAUGCGCCUCCAGCAGUGGCGACGGGCAAGAACGGAUGUUGAAAAAGAUGGGAUUGUGCAUACGGACAAUGACUUGAUGAUUAGCGAGAAGACUAGAUAUUCACGAUGA